AUGUCUCUUGUCGAAACGAAAUUCCUCAUCAUAUCAGACUCUCAUGGACAACCGCUGACUUCACAUCCUAUCACAGAAGCGGUCGAUGUCGCUAUCCAUUGCGGUGAUCUCACCGACGAGUCAAAGAUCGAAGAGUUCAAACGGACUCUGCAAUAUCUCAGAGAACUCAAGGCAGAUUUGAAGCUGGUUAUUGCCGGAAACCAUGACUUUACCUUGGAUGUCCCGGCAUUUCAAAAAUUGAUACAAAAUGCGAUCCCGCCUUUAGAAGAAGAACUUGUGCAAAAAACAUACGGCGGGUAUGAAGAGGCGAGGCACUUGAUGGAGAGUGCAAAAUCAGAUAACAUUAUCUUCUUGGAGGAGGGCACACAUACUUUUAAUCUUCGCAAUGGCGCAUCAUUGCGAGUCUAUGCCAGCCCCUUUACCCCGUCGACAAGCGGUGAUUGGGGGUUUCAGUAUCACCCCAGUCAAGGUCGGUCUUUCGACAUACCGGAAAACGUCGAUGUGGUCAUCACUCAUGGACCGCCACUCGGGGUCCUCGACUACACAAACUCCCGCCAGAGAGCAGGCUGUCCGAAUCUGUUCCAGGAUAUUGCUCGUACAAAGCCGCGUCUACAUUGCUUUGGCCAUAUCCAUGAAGCAUGGGGCGCAAAGCUGGUGACUUGGAGGGAAACACUCAGUCAGACACCAUCCCACUUUACAGAUAUUGAUAAUUCGAAGUCAACCGUUUUAGGGAAUGUGUCGCAGCUGAACAGUGCGCGUCAAAAUGGUGACGUGGCUUGUUACUCGGCAGGUUGCAGUAUACAGACACCAGAUCAACAGACAUUGUUUGUCAACGCUGCACUUCAAGGUAUUUCUGGGACGAAUCAAGUGCCUUGGGUGAUUGGGGUUCCACUUCCAAAAAAUUUAAGGGUUUAG